UCAAUGAAAAAGAAGACGCCCCUUUUAUAGUUUUAUAGUAUUUUGUGCACACAAACCCCUGGUGUUUGAUGGAUCCCAAGGUCUCAAAGCAGCCACCACAAACACAGGCACAAACACAGGGGAUGAUGAUGAUGCCCGACUUCUUGAGCCUCCCACAGCCCAACACAAGCAGCAACAGCAACAACAACAACAACAAUAACAACAUGGGUGUUGAGGACAACAAGCCAGCAGAAAUCAAGGACUUCCAGAUUGUGAUUGCAGACAAAGAAUUAGAGGCCUCCAAGAAGCAGUUAGCCCCCAAGAGAAGCUCCAACAAAGACAGACACACCAAAGUCGAAGGCAGAGGAAGGAGGAUUCGGAUGCCAGCACUCUGCGCCGCCAGAAUUUUCCAGUUGACCAGAGAAUUAGGCCACAAAUCUGACGGAGAGACCAUUCAGUGGCUGUUACAGCAGGCCGAGCCCUCCAUAAUCGCCGCCACAGGGACCGGAACGAUGCCCGCUUCGGCUCUGGCAGCCGCAGGAGGCUCUGUUUCGCAGCAUGGAAGCUCCAUAUCGGUGGGAUUGCAUCAAAAAAUGGAGGAGUUGGGUGGGCAUAUUGGGGGGUCAGGAGGUAGGACCAGUUGGCCAAUGGUGGCUUUAGGUGGGAAUCUGGGGAGGACCCAUAUGGCCACUACAGGAGGGAUAUGGCCCUCUGGGGUCGGUGGUUUUGGGUUUCAGUCAUCUUCUGGUCCAUCUACAGCUAACUUGGCAAGUGAAAGCUCGAACUAUCUGCAAAAAAUUGGGUUUCCUGGGUUUGAAUUGCCAGCAGCUACCAAUAUGGGUCCAAUGAGUUUCACCUCAAUUUUGGGUGGUGUUGCUGCUGCUGCUUCUGCUGGUGGUGGUAGUAGCAGCCAGCACCACCUACCUGGUUUGGAGCUUGGGCUAUCACAGGAUGGUCAUAUUGGGGUUUUGAAUCCUCAAGCUUUGAGCCAGAUUUACCAGCAGAUGGGGCAAGCCAGAAUGCAACAACAACAUCAACACCAGCAGCAACCAUCUUCCAAGGAUGAUUCUCAAGGGUCAGGAGGACAGUAGAUUUGCAGAUAAAUUAUACAAAAGAGAGAGAUUCAAUUUGAGCAGUUCUGAGAAGAUGGGAUUUGUGUUUGGUUUUUAAAAUGGUUUCUGUAUUGUACAAUUGCCAAAGUGGGAGAAAGAGAUGGCUGAGAAUUUAAUAGGGUUCUGGAUUUGGUUUCCCCAUCUUUUCUGCCUCCACAGCUUCAUCCAAAGUCACAAACUACAGGUGCUCCUGGGUCUUCUUUUUUUUGGUGAAGUGUGAAGGGCCAAAUAGCGCUUUGGGUAUUGGGCUUAAACUUCAUGUUUAUUUUGGGAAGGUGUGUUGAUGAUAGAGUGUAAGCUAUCCUUUAAUUAUUUUCUUCUCCUUUUACGUCUGGAUGGAGUGCUGAGCAGCUUGUUUUUAUAUAAAAUCAUAAAACAAACAUAUAAGAGUUUCAUGCUCAUCAUGUUAGUGAAAUUUAUCUUAGUUAUAGUGAGGGGUUUUUGGCUACACAAGACAUUGUUCUCCCUAGUUUUCAAUCUUUGGAGUCCAUUCAUCAUAUAGCUAGUUUUGGACACCAUUGAUAUUGAUAUUGAUAAAACUUCAUAUACCUUGUGGUUUUUACUAAUUUGGAGAUGAUAUAUGUAUAUGCUCCACAUUGUAAGUUUGGAAA